GUGUAGGGUGGAGCUUUAUAUUAUACGUUCACACGUAUUUAAAUUAUCGACGCGGUCGGAAGUGUGUGCUGUAAGCCAGUCUGAUUUUUUGAUUUGAUUUGAUUUUUUUUUGUGCUUUAGCGUAAAGUAAAACUAAUAAGUGCGCUAAGAGCAUUUGUGCGUCCGCAAAAUGAGCAUCGAUUUAAAAGGUCCUGUUAUUGGCAUACGUCACCUACAAGCCUUUCUGCUCUUUCUGGCCAUCGUGGUAAAUUACACAGCACGGCUCGGCGUUAGCGUGGGCGUAGUGGCCAUGACGGAUGCAGCCACCACCAAUGACAACUUUCCGGAGUUCAAUUGGACAGUAGCGCAGCAGUCGUACAUCCUGUCUAGCUUUUACUGGGGCUACAUCGUCACCCAAUUUCCUGCCGGUUUUCUGGUUCGGCGCUUUGGGGCUAAAGUGGUGCUGCUCAUCCCAACGCUGGGCACGGCCGUCCUGAGCGGUCUAACGCCAUACUGUGUGGCAUGGGGCGGCUGGCAAGCCUUCUGCACCAUACGCAUCGUGGAGGGCCUCUUCCAAGGUCUAAUAUUUCCAUGUGUUCACGAGCACCUGGCCAAGUGGUCUCCGCCGGAGGAUCGCAACCGGCUGGGCGCCUUUGCUUACUCAGGGGCUGACUGUGGGUCAGUUCUAGCCAUGGCUAGCAGUGGUCUAAUAGCAAACAGCUCCAUGGGGUGGCCGGGAAUUUUCUACGUGUCGGCUGCCACCUGUGGACUGUGGUGUCUUCUCUGGGUGACUUUCGGCUCAAAUAACGCCCCUAGCUCCCGUCUGAUUGGUGACCGGGAACGAGAGCACAUUGAACGAUCAACAAAGCGGGGCGAUGGCUUCCACGCCCAAAAGAUUCCCAUUCCUUGGCGAGCCAUCUGGACUUCCGUUCCAUUCUAUGCACUUCUAAUAGUGCGGGGCGCUCAGGGGUGGGCGAAUUCCACCAUGCAGCUGCAAACUCCAUCCUAUUUGCACGGCAUCCUGGAAAUGGACAUUAAAAGCAAUGCACUCUACUCGGCUUUGCCCUUUCUAGCCAUGUGGGCUAUGUCCUAUGUAUACCUAGUCUUCGCUGACGUGUCCAUGUCUCGACAUUGGAUGUCCUUAACCACGCUACGCAAGACAAUUAACACGGUUUCGUAUUGGGGACCGGCGACGGCUCUUAUCGGGAUUGGCUUUCUGGACAAAAGUCAGACCAGUCUGGCUCUCGCUCUGAUGACAAUAAAUGCUGGCUUAAACGCCGGGUCUGGAAUAGGCAGCAUCUUGACCAUCAUCGACAUGUCGCCCAACCACUCAGGCAUGCUAAUGGCUAUUGUAAACGGCAUUGGAAAUUUAUUUCCGCUUUUAACGCCGCUAUUAGUUGGCGUCAUUGUUACCGAUCCAGGUUCGAGAAGUCAGUGGCAGAUCGUGUUUGCCAUGACCGCCGUUGUUUUUUUCUUUGGCAACCUGGUGUACCUAAUUUGGGGCACCACUGACCUGCAGCUCUGGGAUGCCGAAGACUAUCUAAGGACCCCGGAUCUCAGGCUUAAUGCGGAUUCAAAGAGAGACAUAAAAAUAUUAGCGCCUGGAAAAUCAAUGAUGGCUGAUGGACACGAGUCGACUAUGCAAUUAGCGUAGGAUGGGAACUUUAUAUAGCUAGCACCGAUAAAAUACAUCGUAAAACAUGCCACCGUGCCCAUGUAUUUUAACUUCUUGUUUGCACUCAUUUCUUUCCAUGGUCGCAGAAAUUGAAUAAAAAACACUUACUGUUUCUUUGAAUAAAGUAA